AUGCCUACCUUAGAAGUGGUCAACUUCAACAUCGUCUGCGCUACGAUCGGCGGGUUCAUCACAGUCUUUGGAUUGGUGUCUUACUUGCUGAAAGAGAAGUUCUACCUCUCCGAGGCAUUGAUCUCAACUCUAUUCGGAGUAAUCUUCAGCCCACAUGCUGCGAACUUCAUAAGGCCGCUGGAAUACGCCAAUGGGAACGAGCAAGAUCUGGAGACUAUUACGCUCUAUUUCACAAGGCUUGUUCUUGGGGUCCAGCUGGUUCUGGCCGGAGUCCAGCUACCCAGCAAAUACUUAUGGAAGGAAAGAAAGAGCUUAUGCAUACUGCUGGGGCCGGGCAUGUGCUGUAUGUGGAUGGCAACGUCGUUGCUUACCUGGGCGCUUGUUCCCAACAUCAACUUCAUCGUUGCCAUGUCGGUGGGGGCAUGCGUCACUCCCACCGAUCCAAUCCUCUCCAACAGCAUCGUCAAAGGAAAGUUUGCAGACAAGAAUAUCCCUCCUCCGCUCCAGAAGAUCAUCAUUGCCGAGUCAGGCGCCAACGAUGGUCUCGGAUAUCCUUUCCUGUUCAUUGGACUGUAUCUGCUCAAAUAUGCCGGGCUUGGUGGAAUGGGGUACCAUGGCGGCGUGGGACAUGCUUUCGCGUUGUGGUUCUAUGACACCUGGGCCUAUGUCAUUAUUAUGUCUGUGGCAUAUGGAGCCGUAGUAGGCUAUCUUGCCAAGGAGCUUCUGCACUGGGCAGAGGAAAGACAUUACGUUGAUAGAGAGUCGUUCCUCGUCUUCGCAAUCACUCUAGCUCUCUUCAUUGUCGGCACUGUGGGGAUGCUUGGAUCUGAUGAUGUCCUGGCUUGCUUCAUUGCCGGGAAUGUCUUCACCUGGGACGACUGGUUCCGACUCGAAACGAUGGACGACAGCUUACAGCCGACGAUAGACAUGCUACUAAACGUCGCUAUAUUUAUGUGGUUUGGUGCCGUUUGCCCGUGGCACAAGUUUGUCGACAACUCUGUCAUCCCCAUCUACCGCUUGAUUCCUCUGGGUAUACUGGUCCUCCUGUUCCGCCGCUUACCAAUGAUGUUUGCGUUCCAAAAGUGGGUCCAUCAAGUGGAAACCUGGCAGCAUACUGCAUUCGUUGGCUUCUUCGGCCCAAUUGGCGUCAGCGCAAUCUUUUAUCUGUACAUCGCACGAGAGUUCUUGACUGAAAUCGUUUACGAUGGACACACGCGAACUGAUGCGGCUCACGAGUACGAGGUACUGGAAGUCGUGGUCUGGUUUCUGGUCGUGUGCUCAAUCGUGGUCCACGGGAUGAGCAUUCCUCUGGGCAAGCUUGGACUUUAUCUCCCUCGAACGAUCAGCACUGCCGUCUCGUCCGAGAGAGCACUUUCUCGUGCGCCCAGCGCCGCUCCGUCACGGGUCACAGACACCGACGAACCUCAUGUGCCGCGAUGGGUGGAGAGGGAGGAAAGGUCCCUUGUACGUUCUUUCCGCCGCCGUCGGCCCACGACCACAGAGAGACCUAGAGGCGCGACUGUCCACAGCAACGAGCAGAACAGACCAGGCGAUAGCGAUGAGUCGCCUGAGAGUGCUAAAAGCGCUCGUCCCGAGAUCUCUGGUCCAAGAGACGGUAGAAUCAUUGGACAUCCUAUCAAUCGUCCAUCCCAGGCCAAGGUCUCUGGCUCUGACAGCCCUCCUCGCCCUCAAGCGGUGAGCCCAGCAGACAGGUCCAAGACUCAAACACCAGCGCUAUCCGGCUCAGACACCCCAACGGGCGGCUGGCAGCGAAGCAUCAGAUUCGAGAGCGAUAGACGUGGAAGGUCGACCCCUGAACAUACUGCGAAGGCGGAUGAAGAAUAG